AUGCCUGUCCCAUUGAGCAUCGCGGCACCGGCUGCCGUUGCUGGUCUCGCCUAUUUGAAUGCAAAGGCACAGAUAUGGUAUGACGGCAAGCUAGCUAGAUCGGUUCUGCCAUGCAUCAUCCGCAUGGCCUUGGCCGAGUACACUGGCCGGACCAGCUUGUUUUAUAUGCUCGAGGAGCGUGCUCAGGACAAAAACUCGGCCGGCCGUGUUUUUCUCCGCUUCGGCGACCAUGCCUAUACGUAUACCGAGGUCUAUACCAUCGCGCUGCGUUACGGCAACUGGAUUCAGAGGACAUAUGGCGUAAAACCCAACGAUGUUGUCGCUAUGGACUUUAUGAAUUCGGACAAAUUUGUUUUCAUGCUUUUUGGCCUCUGGUCCAUCGGCGCCAAGCCUGCCUUCAUCAAUUACAACCUGCGCGAGCGGGCUCUUCUUCACUGUGUCGCCGCCGCCAAAAGCAGGGUUUGCUUCAUCGACCCGGCCGUGGCCGACGCUUUGACGGAUUAUUUGCGGGAUGGCCUGCCGGAAACCAAGUUUGUCCUUUUUACACCCGAGAUUGAGGCUGAAAUCAUGGCCACCCAGCCGAUCCGGCCGCCCGAUGAUGUGCGCUAUGAGACGCAGCAACAUGCAAUGGCCAUCCUGAUCUAUACAUCCGGCACGACGGGGCUGCCAAAGGCUGCCGUGGUAUCGUGGGCAAAGAUGAUAGUCGCAGGCGGCUUCACUAGCAGAUUGCUGAACCUCAAGACGACGGAUGUGUACUACACGUGCAUGCCACUAUACCACUCCACAGCAACGCUCAUGGGUCUGGGUGCGGUCCUGACGGCUGGCGCGACCCUUGCCCUGGGCGUCAAGUUCUCGACCAAGAACUUUUGGAACGACGUGCGCCACUAUGACGCAACCAUAAUACAAUAUGUGGGCGAGACGUGUCGCUACCUGCUUUCGGCUCCCACCAUAACAGACCCCGCCACUGGCGAGAAUUUAGACAAGAAGCACCGCGUGCACACGGCGCAUGGAAACGGGCUGCGGCCGGACGUAUGGAACAAGUUCAAGGAGCGAUUCGGAGUAGGCACCAUUGUUGAGUUUUACGGCGCCACCGAGGGCAGCUUUGCCACAUAUAAUGUGUCGACCAAUGACUUUUCAGCGGGGGCCAUCGGGCGCAAUGGCUGGUUGUACAGCUUGAUUCUGAGCUACUCGAUUGCGUUUGUCGAGGUCGACUACAACACGGAUCUGCCGAAGCGGGACCCCAAGACGGGCUUCUGCAAGCGGACCAAGAGUGGCGAGCCAGGCGAGUUCAUAUUCAAGCUGCCAUCUGACGACCACAGUAGCCGGUUCCAAGGCUACUAUGGCAACAAGGAGGCGACCGAGGCCAAGAUCAUGCGCAACGUUUUCAAGAAGGGCGACGCAUGGCUGCGGACGGGCGACGUGAUCCGCGCGGACAACGAAGGGCGACUCUUCUUCCACGACCGCAUCGGAGACACGUUCCGAUGGAAGGGAGAGAACGUCAGCACACAAGAGGUCAGUUUGGUGCUCGGGCGACACGACUCUGUCAAGGAGGCCAACGUCUACGGCGUCGCGGUGCCGAACCACGACGGCCGGGCCGGCUGUGCUGCCCUCACGCUGUCCGACAAUCUGAGGGCUGGAGAGAAGCUGGGCGAGGAGCUGCUAAAGGGCUUGGCUACUCACUCGUCAGCGUCGCUUCCCAAGUUUGCGGUGCCGCAGUUCCUAAGAGUGGUGCGCGGCGAGAUGCAGUCAACGGGUACCAACAAACAACAGAAGCACGACCUGAGGGUGCAGGGUGUAGAGCCGGGCAAGGUAGGCGAAGAUGAGGUCUACUGGUUGCGGGGAGGUACAUAUGUACCAUUUGGAACAGAGGACUGGGAUGGGUUGAAGAAGGGUCUUGUGAAAUUGUGA